AUGGCGGCCGCCAUUUUCCCACGUGAAAGGAGCCCAGGUGCGAACCUAGUUCUUCCUCUUUUCGAAGACAGCUCUCCUCCUAAGCGUCCACAACCAUCAGUACCGUCCCGGAUUCCCAGCCAGAAAACGGGAACCACAAUGCUAAAGCCGGAUCUCUUUUGUCUUGUCUGUGGCGACCGAUCUUCAGGACGUCACUAUGGUGUCCAGAGCUGUGAUGGAUGUAGAGGAUUCUUUAAAAGAUCAAUUCGCCGUCGUCUUCUGUACUCAUGUAAGGAGGAUGGACGGUGUGUUGUCGACGUGAUGCGACGAAACCAAUGUCAAGCUUGUCGGCUGGAGAAGUGCCUUCGCGUGAAAAUGAAUAGAAAUGCUGUUCAACAUGAGCGAACUUGCGGUGAAAAAGAACGACGAAGAAAUACAGAAGAGGCGCAACUACGGCACGAUACGGAAAUUGUUACGCCUGUUCGAUUCGCCGGGAAAGUCACAUGUCAGCGACAGGAGAAAGUGAAAAAGAACUUUUCGAUUUCAAAUUUGGUUGGUCCAUCUCACGAAAGUUCACUCGUUUCGCUUAUUCGUUGGUGGUCCUCCUCUCCGCCCGCUUCAUCACUGGAAAUAGAAGAUAGAAAAGUUCUGUUCUGCAAUUCUUGGCACUGGAUCUUCUUUCUCAGCAGGAUUUCUCAGUCUGGAUUUCCUCAUACGAGCAGUAGAGCACCACAAAGCUAUGAGAAAAUGAUGUUUGUGGAGAAUUUCGUUGAGAACGUGAAGCUUUCACCGUUGGAGCAGUGGAGCGUCAGUAAUAUCUUACUUUUCCGACCCGAGUGUAAUGGAUUGAAAGAUAGAAGAAAAAUACGUGAAAUACAAGCACAAUCUGCAGCUGUGUUCUCUGGAUGUAUGUCGGCACGAGAAACCCUACAAGGCGCUCCUCAAUCCUCCAUGCUGCUGUUGGUUCUUCCAUGCCUAACACAGAUAUCGGCUGAGGAUGUGCGAGCCGAGUUUUUUGAGCAGAGAUCGCUUCAUGACGUGGAAAGCAUAUGUGAAUCGGCGAUAGCUUGA